AUGAGUACAAUAUUAGUGUUCAAUGCUGCGUUGCGGGGUUACGGUGCCCCAAAACGGGAAACAACAUAUGGCAUAUCUACACAUGAUUCAGAGCCAGAAUCAGCACCCUCUGACGGCGAGGAAAAUACUGAUUCGUCGCAACACGAAGGCAGUGCCGCAUUGUUGAAUAGUUCAUCGAAAUACACAAACAAAUCAUCAGCAUCGGCGUCAUCAGCAUCAGCACCCUCAGCACCCUCAUCACCCUCAUCACCAUCACCAUCACAGCUGAACAGAGAUUCUGCUACAAGCCUGAAUUCAUCUGAAUACGCCGACGCGUCAUCAACGUCAUCGCAUGAUCAUGCUAACAACCAAAGCCAGUAUAGUAACACGACCUCCCAUUCAGCGGAUCACACCGAGACGUCGCCAAUUCAUGCUAGCAACCAAAACCUUUCCGCGAACAACAUCUAUUACAGCAAUGGCACUCGUGCUGUUGUGAACCAUUGGUAUGGCUGGCAACCAGAUAUCAAGACUGCAAUGGACUGUACCUGGGUGGAAUGUUUGAAGGUGAAUCACACAUGCAAAACUUGUCGCGAUUCGCCAACGGAUAUGGCAGUGCCCUUUGUCGAUCCGGGGGAGGAUUGGGUCCCUGAUGUCACCAUGUUGCGUCGAAUGUUUUUGGACGGUCACGAUUCCAAUGGGAAUCCUUGGCCCCCUCCCUUGCCAAAAGAACUAUGCGAUGUGGUGAACAGCAGCGAAAACACGAGGAGAUUGCUGGAUGAGGCAAAGAUAGUUGGAGCGCCAAUUUCGAGAACGCCAGAAACAAAGAACAACAAACUUUUGUGUUUCAUAUAUACCAUGGAGAGGAAGCACAACACUUCCAUUCGAGCGAUGCGGGAAACCUGGGCACCAGGCUGUGAUGGAUUCCUUGCAUUCUCGACAAAGUCUGAUCCUCGGAUACCUGCCAUUAGUGUUCCACAUAGGGGAAAGGAAAAGUAUGGCAACAUGUGGCAAAAGAUUCGGAGCAUGUUCCAAUUUGUUGGGAAACACUAUCUAUCGGAAUUCGAUUGGUUCUACAUGGGUGGCGAUGACCUUGUGGUCUAUCCGCAAAACUUGAAAAACUAUCUUGGAACCAUAAAUUCGAGCGAACCUCACUAUCUCGGGAGACGCUUCAAAGGAAAAAAAGUGGGCUUUAAUACUGGAGGGGCUGGCUACGCCCUCUCGCGACCGGCCCUUCAGUGUUUACUCGCAAACUUGGAGGAACAGGUCUGCGGACCAUGGAAGAUGACAUCCCAGGAGGAUGUCAUGACGGCAAUUUGCUUGGAACGUGCCUGUAACAUCACGUACGAGGACACACGAGACGAUCAAAUGCGGGAGCGAUUUCAUCAUUGGAUGCCGGAUUUUGAGUAUUUCUACAAAGGUGGAAAGUUCUGGUAUUAUAAUUUCAUUAAGGAAUGGGGAAUUCUGUUGGGGAAUCAAAGCUGCUCGUCCGAAACUGUCAACUUUCAUUAUAUCAAGAAUCCAACCAUGGCUCGGUACCUUUAUCACUAUGUCCAAGAUGUACAGGGCUGCAAUCGAACCAUAUGA